GCGGCGAUUGGGCGACGCUCCCUGGGCCUCGGGUGCCGCGUCGGUUUCAAGGCUCCUCCCUCCGGGUGAAAGAGAGACUGCGGGGCGCCUGGAAACCGGUCGGAGCGCGCGCGAGGGAGAGGGAAGCCAGCGAGUUGAGGGAUUGACACAAAUGGUCAGGCGGCGGCGGCGGAGAAGGAGGCGGAGGCGCUGGGGGGAGCCGAGGCCGCUGGUCUGCCGAGAGUUGCGCGCUCUCCGGGGCCGCGGCCACUAGCGCGGCGCCGCCAGCCCGGAGCCGGUCAGCUGGGAGCCGGGGAGGCGAGACGCGACCCCCGGCGCGCCCGAGCCGCCCGGGCUCUCCCCGCCGCCCGCGCUUCAUGAAUCGCAAGUUUCCGCGGCGGCGGCUGCGGGACGCGGAGCGCGAAGCGGGGCAGCGGGCCGAGAGCGGCUGGGGCCCGACGGAGGGCACCCGCGCCGAGGAGGAGAUCUCCCUGGCCGCGGGGGGCACCGCCGCCGGCCGCGCCCCCGUCCGCCCCCGCCGAGCUGCUCGGAGAAAGGAACCCAGAAAGUAUGGCUGAGGAGGAGGCGCCUAAGAAGUCCUGGGCCGCCGGCGGCCGCGCGAGCUGGGAACUUUCUGCCGGGUCGCUCCGGGCUGGCCCGGUGGCCGAAGGGAUCGGGGCCGCCGGCAGGCUCGGCCGUCGCCCCGCUGCUGACCCCGGGCGCUUGGCGCGCCGGCUGCUGCUGCUACUUUGGCUGCUGGAGGCGCCGCUGCUGCUGGGGGUCCGGGCGCAGGCGGCGGGCCAGGGGCCCGGGCCCGGGCCGGGCCAGCAGCCCCCCGCGCCUCCCCCGCCGCCUCCGCAGCAGCAACAGGGCGGGCAACAGUACAACGGCGAGCGGGGUAUCUCCAUCCCGGACCACGGCUACUGCCAGCCCAUCUCUAUCCCGCUGUGCACGGACAUCGCCUACAACCAGACCAUCAUGCCCAACCUGCUGGGCCACACGAACCAGGAGGACGCGGGCCUCGAGGUGCACCAGUUCUACCCGCUGGUGAAGGUGCAGUGCUCGGCCGAGCUCAAGUUCUUCCUGUGCUCCAUGUACGCGCCCGUGUGCACCGUGUUGGAGCAGGCGCUGCCGCCCUGCCGCUCCCUGUGCGAGCGCGCGCGCCAGGGCUGCGAGGCGCUCAUGAACAAGUUCGGCUUCCAGUGGCCCGACACGCUCAAGUGCGAGAAGUUCCCGGUGCACGGCGCGGGCGAGCUGUGCGUGGGCCAGAACACGUCGGACAAGGGCACCCCGACGCCCUCGCUGCUUCCCGAGUUCUGGACUAGCAACCCCCAACACGGCGGCGGCGGGGGACACCGUGGCGGCGGCGGCUUCCCGGGGGCCGGCGGCGCGUCCGACCGCGGCAAGUUCUCCUGCCCGCGCGCCCUCAAGGUGCCCUCCUACCUCAACUACCACUUCCUGGGGGAGAAGGACUGCGGCGCGCCGUGUGAGCCCACCAAGGUGUACGGGCUCAUGUACUUUGGGCCCGAGGAACUGCGCUUCUCGCGCACCUGGAUCGGCAUCUGGUCGGUGCUGUGCUGCGCCUCCACGCUCUUCACCGUGCUUACCUACCUGGUGGACAUGCGGCGCUUCAGCUACCCGGAGCGGCCCAUCAUCUUCCUGUCGGGCUGCUACACCGCCGUGGCUGUGGCCUAUAUCGCGGGCUUCCUGCUGGAGGACCGGGUGGUGUGUAACGACAAGUUCUCCGAGGACGGGGCGCGCACCGUGGCGCAGGGCACCAAGAAGGAGGGCUGCACCAUCCUCUUUAUGAUGCUCUACUUCUUCAGCAUGGCCAGCUCCAUCUGGUGGGUGAUCCUCUCCCUCACCUGGUUUCUCGCGGCCGGCAUGAAGUGGGGCCACGAAGCCAUCGAGGCCAACUCGCAGUACUUCCACCUGGCCGCCUGGGCCGUGCCGGCCAUCAAGACCAUCACUAUCCUGGCCCUGGGCCAGGUGGACGGCGACGUGCUGAGCGGGGUGUGCUUCGUGGGUCUCAACAACGUGGACGCGCUGCGCGGCUUCGUACUGGCGCCCCUCUUCGUGUACCUGUUCAUCGGCACCUCGUUCUUGCUGGCGGGCUUUGUGUCGCUCUUCCGCAUCCGCACGAUCAUGAAGCACGACGGCACCAAGACCGAGAAGCUGGAGAAGCUUAUGGUGCGCAUUGGUGUCUUCAGCGUCCUCUACACCGUGCCUGCCACUAUAGUCAUCGCCUGCUACUUCUAUGAGCAGGCCUUCCGGGACCAGUGGGAGCGCAGCUGGGUGGCCCAGAGCUGCAAAAGCUAUGCCAUCCCCUGCCCCCACCUCCAGGCUGGCGGGGGCGCCCCACCCCACCCCCCAAUGAGCCCCGACUUCACAGUCUUCAUGAUCAAGUACCUUAUGACACUGAUCGUGGGCAUCACGUCGGGCUUCUGGAUCUGGUCAGGCAAGACCCUAAACUCCUGGAGGAAGUUCUACACCAGGCUCACCAACAGCAAACAGGGGGAGACCACCGUCUGAGCCCCUCGGACCCCCGUUCCUAGCUGUCCGCUGGACCCUACCACACCACAACAGCUGCCCCCACCGGAAUCCUUGGCCAGAUCUGGCGGCUAAUAGAGGUUUUCUCACUAGACCCUCAAAGCCGCGGGCCCCUUGGUGAAAAACUGGGCGCCUGCAAAAGUUUCCAUCCCUGGGGGCAAAGGGACCAAAGGGACCUGCCAGCGAGGGGGGAUGGACAGACCUCUCUAGCCCUCACUGCGGUACCAGGACUGUACGCUUUUAUGAAUUGUAUAUAGCCUGUGUAAGAUUUUUGUAAGUAUAUUUGUAUUUAAAUAAUGACCGAACACGCGGUUUUCCUUAUUUUUUUUUCUUUUCCUUUCCGCUCCCCUUCUCCCCCGGCCCCCCAUUUUUAAAAAGUUUUAAUUGUGAGAGUGGUUUAACCAUUUAAGGUUUUUCUUGCCCUUUCCCAAGAACUCCAGAGAUAGAGAUCCGAGCUCACCCACGGGCUGUUCCUCGACCCCCCAGGGCGGGGGAGGUGAUGGGACUGGGGCCGCGCGGGACCGGAGUCACUUUCCUCUGCGUUCGGCUCCCUCCCUUCGCCUUCGUGCUGGGGAUCAGCGCUUUUAAGGUACUGAACUCCGCAAAGCUUCCGAAUCCGGGAAUCCCUGUCUAUCCCCUCUCUGCCCCGGACCCAGAAAGGACCUUGACUUUCCGAAACUGAAUAUUUCUUACCCGAGGCUUCCAAGAGGCCCAGGGAUGUGGGCGCCUGCAAUCUCUGCCUCCCUGCACGCCGCCCCGCCCCGCAGCGCCCACACACUCACUCCUUUCACCGCGGUCGGUUCGAGGGUGAGCGGGCUACACCAAUGCCAAACUUUUUCAAGUUCUAAUUUUUGGUGGAUGAGUUCAUUUCAUUCUCUAGCUUCUAAAACCUGGUAUGGGUUUGACCAGCGUCAUGGAAAGAUGUGGUUACUGAGAUUUGGGAAGAGGCAUGAAGUUUUGUGUGGGUUGGGAGAGACUGAAGAUGGGGUUAUAAAAUGUUCAUUCUAAUUAUAUACUGAUACCUGGCAAUCUGCCCCUAGUACUGAGGGGCCCUACGUUUAGAUUUUCCCGUUCUGUUAAAUGGAAACAGUGAGAUCACCUGGAAAGCUUUGUCAAGGAGUUGAUGUAGAUGGUUCCUUACCCAGGAUAGCUACAGUGAGUGUUUUGAAACUUGAAGAUUUCAGGGUAAUGGACAUUCUCAAAAUAAGAUACUGCUUUUGAAAAUUUUUAACCAAGUGAUAAUUGGACGUGUAUCAGAAACUAAGAUGUUAAACUUGUACACUUUCAGUUAUCAGGAUUAUUAAGCAGCACAUUCCAAGGGAGGAACAAUCCACAUUACUAAACCUGAUAAGAUUUUAAGAGGUCAAGGAAAUCGAAAUAAAUGAUGAAAUUAGCUCCUAAAAUAUGCAACAUUUGAGCAUGUGUUUUCGUUAAAUAUGUGCAGAUCUACCACAUUAAAUAAAUAUUGUGUACUCCUUUCUGGAUUUACAGAAGUAUGUCAAAUGUAAAUUUUUCAAAGCCAUUUUAAAAUAUUAACUUUAGCUCUCUUGGGGAAGAGAAAAAAAAAAGGAGUCUUCCUGAUUGUAUUGUUUUAAACUUUGAGAGUUUAUCAAAAUGCUGGUACUUCAGACCUAAAUUUAUCUCUAUCAUACCUGAAAAUGACAGUGGUCUUCGAAUUUGGUAUGUGUUUAUUCUGUUCACUAUCACAAAAUCAUCUAUAUUUAUAGAGGAAUAGAAGUUUAUAUAUAUAUAAUACCAUAUUUUUAAUUUCAUGAAUAAAAAAUUCAAAGUUUUGUACAAAAUUAUAUGGUUUUUGUGCCUGAAAAUAAUAGGGCUGGAAAUGUAUGAACUGUCUUGACAUUUUCUAGUGUCUCAUAGCCAAUCUCACGGUAUAAAAAUUAAAAAAUUUAAUGAAAAAUUCUAUGCUUAAACCUUCAAGCCAGUCCUUCCAAAGAAAUAUCCUACUUGCAUUGUUGUGAUUGAUGUGAAGUCCCAAGAGAAGAUUUGCUUUCAUGACAUGACAGAGACAGUAAAAAGUAGAAAUUUGCAAAUUAUUUCUUUACUCAAAAAAAAAUUAUUAAAAAGACUUAUAUAAAGCCUUUUUUUCUUUCAAGGGGUAAAUUUAUGACAUUUUAUAAUAUGGAAGCUUUUUGAAAAGUCAUCUUUGUCACAAUUCUUAUUUAAUACUGUCUUUUUAUAAUCUUGGAUAUUCCAAAACUACAAGUAGGCAUUCAAUAAAUGGUUAACUGUUUAUAAGCAUUUUAAAAAGUGUUGGAUACAUAAGGCUGUUUUAUUGUUUUCUACUAAAGACAAUAUAUUGUUCAAGAAGCUUCAGAGGAAUUAUCUAGGUUAAAGAAAUUAUACAUUUUAUAUAUACAUAUAUUAUAACAUGUAUAUAUACACAAAUGUAUGUAUAUAAACAUAAGUAUACAUGCACCAGUUUAAUAGAAAAGAUGCAGCAUUUAUUUGUACAUUUCAUAAUAUGGGAAUAAGUUACAAGAAAUGGGAUAUGCCAGAUAAAAAACAUCAACUAUCUUUGGAAAAUAAGUUUAUUAUACCUUUAUAGAUUAAAAGUAUCUAUUG